UUAAUCGAUACAAAUUGUGACCCCAAUCUCGCGGAUAUUUCGAUUCCAGCUAAUGAUGAUGCUAUAGCUUCAAUUCGGUUAAUUCUUAACAAAUUAGUAUUUGCAAUUUGUGAAGGUCGUUCUAGCUAUAUACGAAAUUCUUAAUUAAUAAUAAAAUAAAUUAUUCCAUUGAGAACUUCAUAGAUUUAUAGAAUCGGUUACUAUAACUAAUUUACUAAAUCGCGCAAAAAACAAAAAACCCAGAAAUAUUAAGUGAUUAGUCGAUAUUCAAAAUAAAAGAUUUAACAGACAAUUGAAAAAAUAGAUGAUUGAAUCAAAAUAAUUCCUUUCAAGUUCUAUUUAUUUUGAGGGCAAUAUGAAUAUUCUAUUAUGUUCCAUCAACACAUUAAAAAGAUUAUAUGAGAUAUCUUCCGUGGAAGUAGGUCAACAUCUCUAUUGGCAAUUAGGGGGGUUCCAAGUGCAUGCCCAAGUACUUAUAACUUCUUGGGUCGUAAUUGCUAUCUUAUUGGUUUCAGCCAUUUUAGUUGUUAGAAAUCCGCAAACCAUUCCCACUUUUGGUCAGAAUUUCUUUGAAUAUGUCCUCGAAUUCAUUCGAGAUGUAAGUAAAACUCAGAUUGGGGAAGAAUAUGGUCCGUGGGUUCCCUUUGUUGGAACUAUGUUCUUAUUUAUUUUUGUUUCAAAUUGGUCGGGGGCUCUUUUGCCUUCGAAAAUAAUACAGUUACCUCAUGGAGAGUUAGCUGCACCUACAAAUGAUAUAAAUACUACUGUUGCAUUAGCUUUACUUACAUCAGUAGCAUAUUUCUAUGCGGGUCUUUCGAAAAAGGAAUUAGCUUAUUUUGGUAAAUACAUCCAACCAACUCCAAUCCUUCUACCAAUUAACAUCUUAGAAGAUUUCACAAAACCCCUGUCGCUUAGCUUUCGACUUUUCGGAAAUAUAUUAGCUGAUGAAUUAGUAGUUGUUGUUCUUGUUUCUUUAGUACCCUUAGUAGUUCCUAUACCUGUCAUGUUCCUUGGAUUAUUUACAAGCGGUAUUCAAGCCCUUAUUUUUGCUACUUUAGCUGCGGCUUAUAUAGGUGAAUCCAUGGAAGGCCAUCAUUAACUUAACAAAUUUAGGAAAUAGUCUUUUUUUUUAGUUUCUAGUUUAGUUUGACUCGCCACAAUAUAUGUGCGGCUAAAGAUAAUAUACUUAGGUAACAAAAAUACAUAAAAGAUAAACAAAUAAGUUUUGAAUUCUGAUUCUAUUAAUUGAAUAUUCAUAAAUACGGGGUUAAAUUAAAUGCAAUCAAAGUAUAAAUAAAUAUAUGAUUUGGUAAAAAAAUAGAAAAGAUUACUUGAGAGCUGUAAAAAAAAAUAG